GAAGAAGAAGAGGCGGAAGCGGUCGCCGGUAGCUCGUUGCUAGCUCGUUGCUAACUCGUUGUUGUUGUUGUUGUUGUUGUUGUUGUUGACUUUGUGAAACCGGUAAAAUGAACGAACCGAACAAAGCGCGGGAUUAUGACUCGUAUGAGCUCGAGGAGCCGAGUGACGAGGAGCGAGCAGAGAGCAGCUCGGAGGACGAGCUGGAGGUGCUGCUCAACGGGACUCCCGAGCAGAAGAAGAAGCUGAUCCGAGAGUACCUGACGGGGGAGAGCGAGUCCUCCAGCGGGGAUGAGUUUGAGAAGGAGAUGGAGGCGGAGCUCAGCACCACCAUCAGGACCAUGGAGGGAACCUGGGGGCCGACAGCAGCAGCAACCUCGGGGAGCGGAGGAGGGGAGGAGGAGGAGGAGGAGGAGGGCGGCGUUGUUCCUGGACCUCCGAACCCUGAGACGUACGACGAGGUGUACUUUGACUCUGACUCGGAGGACGAGGACACAGCGAGCAGCUCCGCGGGCCGCAGGCGCAAACAGCGGACCGUCCUGACCAACGACGAGCUGCUGUACGACCCCGACGAGGACGACAGGGACCAGGCCUGGGUGGACGCCAAGAGGAGACAGUACAGCAGGAAACGAGCGGCUGCGGCCUCUCAGUCACAGAACCGGCAGUCUCAGGGUUUACCGAGCAGCGACGCCAUCCUCAACUGUCCCGCCUGCAUGACCACGCUCUGCCUGGACUGUCAGAGGCACGACAAGUACCGGACGCAGUACCGAGCCAUGUUCGUCAUGAACUGCGUGGUGAAGAGAGACGAGGUGCUGCGCUACAAAACCCAGCAGGAGAGGAAGAGGAGCAGCAGGAAGAGGAGGAGGGGACAGAAAACGGAGACGCCGCCGGUCGAGGCUCCCGAACCGGCGCCGGCGGGGAUGGACGCCGACGAGGUCUACCACCCGGUCCAGUGCACCGAGUGCUCCACUGAGGUGGCGGUGUUCGAUAAGGACGAGGUCUACCACUUCUUCAACAUCCUGUCCAGCCACUGCUGAGACAGACAGACAGACAGACAGGCAGACAGACAGACAGACAGAGAGACAGACAGAAGGCAGACAGGCAGACAGGCAGGCAGGCAGAGACUGGGAGGAGAAGAGAAGCGUCCCGGCUGAAGAAUCCCAACGUGGUGGCUCUGAGUGUUUAUAUCAAUCAUUUCACCUCCCUGAUGAGGAGCAAGGGAUUCUGGGUAGCAGUGGGACGUCGUCUGUCUGUUUAAAUGUCGAACAAAAACUGGAAUUUAACCCCGAAUACAGCUCGAUGCUGCUGCGGAGGUCAUCGGAGCUUGUACUGGACUGAUACUGAUGUUAAUAUCAGAGGAUUGUUGUGAUAUUCUGAAGCCUUUUUCUUUUUGUUUUUUUACAUAAAUACAUCACAUACUCAUUUUAGUUUAGUUUAUUCUUGGCAACAUUUUCCUUUAACCCAAAGUUUAGGAGUCAUAAUCUGCAUAUAAACAGUGAAUAAAUGCUUUUUAACACGCUGUAGAGAGCAGUGUUUAUUAAUGUAUUCCUCCUGUAAGUGGAGGCUGCUGCAGAAACAUGCUUUAUGACAAUAUAGGAAAACAGACGUCACAAUAUCAGAUAUGUCUUCAUCUGUGAAGGUGUAUCAGUGUACUCUUCUUCUCUCUUCAGUAAAUACUGUAAAAUGUCCUUUUAUCUGCUUACAACUACAUUAUAAUGCUCAUAAAUGCUAAGGAAGGGGUUGAAGUAAAAUGUUGCUAACAUUUGUUUUAUUUUGAAAGAGUUGUGAUCAGGAUGCUGAAUCAAAUAAACUUGUCAGUGCUUUCGGUUGA